AACGUUGAAACUCAGUCACUUCCCUCCCCGCUGUAUAGACUUCACACAUGCACACCUGCAGGCGUUCAAGGUCAUCACGUUCAUCCGACACUUCCUACGAUUCAUCGGAUGAUGAUACAAUCGCACCUAUACUCCCUCCUUCCAUUCUUCGUGAUCUGUCUUUUUAUGUGAAGAGUGCAAAAGAAAGACCCGCGCCCUAUAAGAGAGUCAGUCCCAACAUCAUAGAGCGUUUCUGCGGUGAGGAGUGUUCGGGAUGCAAUGGCUCCACGAGUCUCCUGGAUAGUCCAAAAGACAAAGCUCGACUGGAACGUAGAAUGCAGAGCCUAUCUCCUGAGGCCCGUGCUCAGGCCGUAAUUGCGAUUGGAGCUAACGUUGAAUGGAGACGCGCGCGUGCUGUCGCAGCAGCUUUACAAAUCGACGCCAUUGUGGAACACAAGAAGUUUAUGUAUUUGACUCUUGCGAGUGAAGCUACAUCAUAUGCCAAUGCUGUUUCGGAAUCACUCGAAACUUCGAUUGAGACGCUGGUUGACGGUACGCUCGACGAACUCGACGACCGCGAGAGAUGUAGUGUUUCCGUCUAUGAGCUUGAGGCGGCAGCGUUCACUAAUGCUGACAAGGAGCUUGACGUAGCUGAGAGUUUGACAUGUGCGUACUUCCAUGUACCCGCAGACAAUGUCAUUGCUGGAUCAUCAGUUGCAAGCAGUGCACCUCAUGGACGUAGACGCUAGUGCUCCGAGUUCAGACGAAGAGGUCAAGGUAGCCAAGAUACUCGGAAAUGGCGUCAAGAGUAGUUCGGGGUUUUGUUCAGGCGGCUGAGUCGUGACGAUAUAUUGUAUGCGAUGAGUACUACCCAUUUGGUGUUUACUUGAGAGUUGG